CUUGGCGGCGAACCAAGGCACUGAGAGGAGAGAAUAUGGAAGAGUGGAAGAAGGGGGAUUAGAAGUGGAAGCGCCCUGACCCACUCACGCCCCAAGGAGCUGGAGGGGCUUGCUCUCGGUGCACGCGAAAGAUGUCAGCGACCUCGUUCACCUCCUCCUGAUCCUGCUGCUUGUACUAUGUCCUGUCACGUCCCAUCUCAGCCUCUUCCGCUUGCUCUUGGUGCGCAGUGUCAGUGUCUAUCCUGCCCAGCGAGCGGCGCGAGGCGCGCGCAUGCGUACCCUGCAAUGUGGGCGAGAAGGUGCGGCGUGCCGCCGAAGUGGCCGUCGCGGGUGAAGGUGACGCUGAUGAGCCUAGGCACCCUGGCUAUCGGCGUGGCCGUCUACCAGCUGCUGUCAGGAGACGACGUGGCCUACCUGGACCUGAACAACCCCUCGUCCAACGACGUGCUGUGCCUGAAUCGGUGGCCGCUCCGCGACGAGAACCCCCUGAACGUGCUGCGCGGGGAGCAGUGGGAGGAGUGGGUCUCCUACCGGUUCAACGAGGUUGAUUUCAUUGAGAGGCAAUGUGCGUUGUCCCGGAGUUGAGCGGCACUAAGUGUUACGACGUGGACAUCCCGAUUGGGAGCGUGGGGCGUAAACUCGGCCGCCCGCUCGGCGUCGGGGACACGCUGUCGUACGACGUGCUGGACACGUACGCGUGGCUGUUCUUGUUGCUGGCGGGCUGGCUGUGGGUGCAGG